GGGGUGCGUAAUACGCACUGUGCCUUUUUCUCCUAAAACCCUCCUGUUCAGUUCGUCUCUACCCGCAUUUUUCCCAAAACCCAUCUCUUUAUCGGGAGGUUUUACUGAAAUGAAAUGGGCAUAUGAAAUAAACAGUUUCAAUGGCUUUUCUCUCUCCAUUUCUCCACCGGAAACGGUUCCCUUCGAUCCGUUUCCAUCUCUCUACUUCAAUCAGGGACUCAUUGAUGCAGCUCAAUAGUGUAGAUGGAACUGUGCCAAGCCUCUCGUCUGUACCAAGAACCACAUUCUUCUCGCAUUUUUCAACGUAUUUAUGCCCAUAUGUGAAACACUACAAGGCAUUCCCCUCCUGUGUAUAUCCUCCAUCUUCCUGUUUUUCAAUAUCAAGAUCAUAUAUAUACAAGUACCGUAGUGUUCUGCUGAAGUGGCAACACUGUAGUUUUACGAGCAAUGCAUUAGUGACGCUGAAGGCAGACAAUGAUGUUGUCAGAUUUUGUCUUGAUAAACCAGCUGUUGAACGUGAGGGUCGAACAAAAGGGAAAAAUACACAAAAGCGGAAGAAGAUGUCCAAAAAAGCGAAAGUAAAUGAACUCAGGUUUUAUCGUCUAAAGGCAAAGAAGAAGAUGACAUCACCGAAUCCAGAAGUUAGGAUUAGGUACAAGCUUGAAAAGGCUAAAAGAAAAGAAGAAUGGUUGAUUGAGAAACUAAGGAAAUUUGAGGUCCCCAAAGCUCCAGAAGAAAUAUAUGAUCCAGAAAUACUGACCGAGGAGGAGCUGUUUUUCCUCAAGCGUACAGGUGAGAAAAAGAAGAACUAUGUACCAGUUGGGAGACGCGGAGUAUUUGGGGGUGUAGUUCUUAACAUGCAUCUUCACUGGAAGAGGCAUGAAACUGUGAAGGUUGUUUGCAAGCCCUGCAGACCUGGACAGGUACAUGAAUAUGCUGAGGAGCUAGCGCGGCUGAGUAAAGGCAUUGCGAUUGAUAUCAAAGCCAACAAUGUUAUAAUAUUCUACCGUGGAAAGAAUUACGUACAGCCGGAGGUGAUGUCACCUCCAGACACACUAUCUAAGAGUAAGGCAUUGGAGAAAUAUAAGUUUGAGCAGUCCCUUGAACACACAAGCGAGUUCAUUGAGAAGCUGGAGAAGGAGUUGGAAGACUACCAUAGGCACAUUGCUCUCUACAGAAAGGGUAAAGAGGCUGCUGCCGAAAAUCCCACAACUAAUAUCUGAUGUUAGUUUCCUUUUAUUCUUUAUAUAGAAAUUACCAUGUCUCAAUGAAAUUAGAAGAGAGGAGAAAAAAGGAAAAAUAAAAUAAAAUCUCUCCAUUGUUGAGAUUUCAAUGUUAAGGGUCAAUCUCUGCCUCUGCCUAGUACUAGAAAACAAAAAGAGGGGGAAGAAGUAAGGAAAUAGUUAAUGCCCUAAAAAGAACAUGAAAUGAAGCACCUCUUGGCAUGAUUGGA